AUGCCUGACCCGCCGCGCCCCCGGGCCCGGGCCCCGCCGCUGCCGCUGCCGCUGCUGCUGCUCGCGCUGGCGGCCCGCGGGGGCUGCGCCGCGCCCGCGCCCCGCGCCGAGGACCUCAGCUUGGGGGUGGAGUGGCUGAGCAGGUUCGGCUACCUGCCCCCCGCAGACCCUGCCGCUGGGCAGCUGCAGACGCAGGAGGAGCUGGCCAAGGCCAUCGCCGCCAUGCAGCGCUUUGCCGGCCUGGAGGCCACCGGCGUCCUGGACGAGGCCACCCUGGCGCUGAUGAAGACCCCUCGCUGCUCGCUGCCCGACCUGCCGGCUGCGGCCCCCUUUCGCAGGCGGCGGCAGGCUCCCGCCCCGACCCGGUGGAGCAAGAGGAACCUGUCCUGGAGGGUCCGGACGUUCCCGCGGGCCUCGUCCCUGGGCCGAGACACGGUCCGCGCGCUCAUGCACUACGCCCUCAAGGUCUGGAGCGACAUCACGCCCCUGAACUUCCACGAGGUGGCCGGCAGCACCGCCGACAUCCAGAUCGACUUCUCCAAGGCCGAGCACAACGACCGCUACCCCUUCGAUGGCCCCGGCGGCACCGUGGCCCAUGCCUUCUUCCCCGGCGACCACCACACUGCAGGGGACACCCACUUUGACGAUGACGAGGCCUGGACCUUCCGGUCCUCAGAUGCCCACGGCAUGGACCUGUUCGCCGUGGCUGUGCAUGAGUUCGGCCACGCCAUCGGGCUGAGCCACGUGGCGGCCACGCACUCCAUCAUGCAGCCCUACUACCAGGGCCCCGUGGGCGACCCGCUGCACUACGGGCUCCCCUACGCAGACCGGGUGCGUGUCUGGCAGCUGUACGGCGUGCGGGAGUCCGUGUCCCCCACGGCACAGCCCGACUCCACAGAGCCCAGGGAGCCCCCCCACCUGCCGGAGCCCCCUGACAACCGGUCCAGCACCCCGACGCAGAGGGACGUGCCGCACAGGUGCACCACUCACUUCGACGCGGUGGCCCAGAUCCGCGGAGAGGCCUUCUUCUUCAAAGGCACGUACUUCUGGCGGCUGACCCGCGAUCGGCACCUGGUGUCGCUGCAGCCGGCACAGACACACCGUUUCUGGCGUGGCCUGCCGCUGCACCUGGACGGCGUGGACGCCGUGUACGAGCGCACCACCGACCACAAGAUCGUCUUCUUCAAAGGAGACAGAUACUGGGUGUUCAAGGACACCCACGCAGAGGAAGGAUUCCCGCGGCCCGUCUCGGACUUUGGCCUCCCUCCCGGCGGCGUCGACGCUGCCUUCUCCUGGGCCCACAAUGACAAGACUUAUUUCUUUAAGGGCCAAUUGUACUGGCGCUACGAUGAGCACACGCGGCGCAUGGACCCUGGCCACCCGGCCCAGAGCCCCCCGUGGAGGGGCGUCCCCAGCACCCUGGACGACGCCAUGCGCUGGUCGGAUGGGGCCGCCUACUUCUUCCGCGGCAGGGAGUACUGGAAGGUGCCGGACAGCGAGCUGGCCGCGGCGCCCGGGUACCCGCAGUCCACCGCCCGGGACUGGCUGGCCUGCCGAGACCCGCAGGGCGACUCCGCGGGGGCGGAGGGAGGGGCCGGGGCCCACGCCCCGCCCGGGCAGCACGACCACAGCCACUCAGAGGACGGCUACCAGGUGUGCGCCUGCAGCUCCCUGGCUGCCGACCCCCCGGGGGCCUUGGACUCCCUGCUGGUCGCCAAGCUGCUGCUGCUGAGCUUCCUGUGGAGGGGGGCCUGGGCCCUAGCGCUCUGA